AUGUCUGCGAUCACGGGCGACCAAUAUUAUGAUGGAUGGGAUGCGAAGUCCAUCAUCGUUGUCACAACGGCGACCGUGGCCGUCUACAAUGCCUUUGAGCUUCUGCUAAUGAUACCCUCGAGGUUCAAAGAGAGGCGCAGUCUAUACUUUAUAUCUUUGACCAUCGCAACGCUCGGUGUCUUGCCAUACUUCAUUGGCUUCGUUCUCGAAUACUUUCAGCUGGCUACAUACUGGCUUGACAUGACAGUGUCGACAAUUGGUUGGAUCUGCCUGAUUACUGGUCAAUCCUUUGUCCUCUACUCCCGACUCGGUCUCAUCCUGAACGAUGCGCGCAUACUCAGAGCAGUGAAAUGGAUGAUCAUCAUUGACGCUGUUGUUUUCCACACUUCGACCACGGUGGUUCAAUAUGGCAAGAUCGCGAAUAGUGACCACCGCACAGCAUUCGACGACGCCCUCUUCUACAUUGAGAAGAUACAAAUGACCGGAUUCUGCAUUCAGGAGUUCAUCAUAUCUGGACUAUACCUGUGGAAGACAAUAGAAUUGCUUCGCGUCAUUCAGAAGAAAGGCACACGCAAAGUCAUGGGCGAACUUCUUUCUAUCAAUAUCGUCAUUGUCAUAGCCGACGUUGCACUGCUUGUGUUGGAAUAUACUGGCGAAAGAGUCAUGGAGCGGACCUGGAAAGGAUUAGUAUACAGUGUCAAACUGAAACUUGAAUUUGCUAUACUCAGCAAGUUGGUGGAUCUGGUCCAAUCAUCACAGCGUACCCUGUCGAACGCACUCGCAGACGUCGACACGUUCGUGGAUAUAAGCAGGACGAACACAGGCGCGUCUGCAGCACCUCUUCGACAGCGUAGAUCUGAAGAAUUGCCUGACUGGCUAGCCAAGCUGGAAGACAGGCACGUACAGACCUUGCACUUGGAGACGGUUCCAUCAGGAGGUACUGCAGAGAAUUCGUCUCCAGACCCAUUCAUUACACGGAAAGAGGUGUGA